AUGUUGGCGGCCAACUCUGUGUCGCAACUGUCCGCCUUGGCCGCUGCAUGGCGCAAGCAGGGGAUCAUCGGCAUCAUUGGUGCUUUCUUUGUGGUGAAUGUGGCGACCGUGGCCCUCUUUUGGUACGACAAGCACCAGGCGAAACAUGGUGGCUGGCGCGUGCCUGAGAAAACUCUGCAAGGCACAGCCGCCCUCGGUGGCUGGCCUGCUGGGUACGUUGCUAUGCAGAUGUUUCACCACAAGACGAAGAGACUUGGAUCGUUCAUAUCGGAUCUUAGGAAAGAAAGCUUUCGUGCCUCAGAUCUGGGGCAGGUGGGUGAAAUGGAAAUGGAGGCUGACAUCAUUUUGGUCAGCGUCGGCUACCACGCGGCCACCGCUGCCAAUGUCGGCCUGUGCUCCGUCGGCAUGGCGUCGCUGGUGGGCAAGGCCGGCGCCGUCGUCGCGCCCAAGCGGCGGCCCAAGCGCGGGGAGCGCGGCAACCAACGGCGUAGCUAA